GCGCAGGGUGAUGUGAGCAGAGCCCAGGAAUGCCUUAUGUGGACCGGCAGAACCGAAUCUGUGGGUUUCUGGACAUCGAGGAGAAUGAGAACAGCGGCAAGUUCCUGCGGAGGUACUUUAUUCUGGACACCCAGGCCAACUGCCUCCUCUGGUACAUGGACAACCCCCAGAACCUGGCAAUUGGGGCAGGAGCAGUCGGAUCUCUGCAGCUGACCUACAUCUCGAAGGUGAGCAUAGCUACCCCAAAGCAGAAACCAAAAACUCCAUUUUGCUUUGUUAUCAAUGCCCUGUCUCAGAGAUAUUUUCUUCAAGCCAACGACCAGAAAGAUCUGAAGGACUGGGUCGAAGCCCUGAACCAAGCCAGCAAGAUCACCGUACCCAAAGCUGGGAGUCUGCCCCUGGCUACUGAAGUUCUCAAAAGCCUGGCGGCUCCUCCGGCCCUGGAGAAGAAGCCACAGGUGGCCUACAGGACAGAGAUCAUCGGAGGGGUGGUGGUCCACACGCCCAUCAACCAGAACGGUGGGGACGGGCAGGAGGGGAGCGAGCCAGGCUCCCACGCCAUCCUGCGGAGGUCCCACAGUUACAUCCCCACGUCGGGCAGCCGCGCUUCCACCGGGCCCCCCCUCAUCAAGAGCGGCUACUGUGUGAAGCAGGGGAACGUGCGGAAGAGCUGGAAACGUCGCUUCUUUGCACUCGAUGACUUCACCAUCUGCUACUUCAAGUGCGAGCAGGACCGGGAACCGCUGCGCACUAUAUUUCUCAAGGACGUUCUCAAGACCCACGAAUGUCUGGUCAAGUCUGGCGAUCUCUUAAUGAGGGACAACCUGUUUGAAAUAAUAACAAGUUCCAGGACCUUCUACGUACAGGCGGACAGUCCAGAAGACAUGCACAGCUGGAUUAAGGAGAUCGGGGCAGCUGUCCAGGCCCUCAAGUGCCACCCCAGAGAAAUGUCCUUUUCUAGAUCCAUUUCUUUGACUCGACCUGGAAGCUCCAGUCUCUCAGGUGGGCCCAACUCGUUCUUGUGCAGGGGGCGGCUACCGGUGGACGAAAAGAAAGCCCUCUGCAAAGCCCCCUCCGUGGCCUCCUCCUGGCAGCCCUGGACACCUGUUCCUCAGGCCAGGGAGAAGCUGCUUCCCGCUGAAGAGACUCCGGAGGACACUUUGUUCACGCCUCGACUUGGGGAGAGCAGUACUGCCGGGGUGUUGCCGCCUUCCCGGAUCAGGCACAGAUCGGAACCCCAGCACCCUAAGGAGAAACCUUUUGUGUUCAACCUUGACGACGAAAACAUACGGACCUCUGAUGUGUGAUGAAGCAUAGUGCCAUGGGAGGGAGGGAGAGGACUCGAGAGAAGGAGGCCGUGACUCAGUUUCUCUCCUUGUUGGCGGACAGUCACAGGCCUUUAUGUCACUCGUAUUCCUGUGGAUGCUCUGUGGGAGGCAGGGGCCCAUCCAGCUGGCCUUUUUUUUUUUUGUUUUUUUUGGUAAUAUCAACGCAGAGUGUAUUUAAUUUUGGGAAAUCACUAGGUUAGACCUGUAGGCAGACUCAGUGGAGAGUAUACUGUCCAGUCCAUAAACAAGAGUAUAUAGUAAACUCUUGCUUGAUUCUUCCAAGGUCUUCCCGGUGAGGGGUUUUUUUAGCAACUCUUCUCCAGAGGAGGCUGGGAGUCCAGUUUCACCCCGACCAAGAUUUAUUCCCUUGUCCUUGUUUUAGUCUCUUCAUUUUGUUUUCGGUCCAGGCACAAAUCCUAGCCCACUGAUCUGGUUUUAUCUGAUUCCUGUUUAUUGACUGAGGCUUGCGAAGUGGGAGGGCUCGA